AUGGCGACUCCGGCCGCUUUACCCCCGUUGCCUUUCAAUCCGGGCCGGAUACGAUCAUACCUCCUCCGACUACCGCUGUUCACCCGACUAGUGCUGCUGAUCAUUCUGGUCUUUUGGCUACUUGAAUUCCAAACCAUAUGGAGUGUUGUGCAAUGGGGCGCUUUAAUCCCAGAAGAGAUUAAUCUGGGGACUAUGUACCGACUUAACACUUAUCCCAUCAUCCAUACUGGCUUCUUCCAUGCUUUCUUUAAUGCUCUGGCGGUUACACCGCUGCUGGAGCGCUUUGAGGCCGAGCAUGGCACUUUGACUGCUAUUGCGUUGUUUGUUGGACCUCUCUCGACUGUUCCUGCUGGGCUUUAUAUCUUGACUGAGAGGUUUAUCCUACACAGAAAUACUUCGGUGGUCGGCGCAAGCAUGUGGGUUUUCCUGCUUCUCGGUUCGGAAGCCAUCAAGACCUACAAGUCUCACCCCAACUUCAGUCUUGGCCCGUACAAGAUUCCCACCUGGACUUCACCCUUGUUCGCAUGUAUCGUUGUAUCCAUCCUCAUCUCGAACGUGAGCUUCCUCGGUCAUCUCUGUGCGAUUCUUGUCGGAUAUCUCCUCGGCCUUGGAUACCUCAAGGUGUUUGUGCCCCCUGAGAAGGUCCUCCGCUGGAUCGAGGGCAAGCUGAACCUCCUGGGACGCCUACCUCACUACGUAUCCGUCGACCAGAAGACCUUCGGUCGCUAUGGAGUUCUUCCAACCAACAACAACCCCGCCGGCGCCAGCAACACCCAAACACCCCUGAUCUACUUGGGCUCCAACCAACGCCUGGGAGCCUAA